AGUCGGCUGGGUGGGGCCAGGUGCGCGUGCGCGGUCUGCACACUCCUCCCUAAACUGCCAACUCUUCGCGCAAGCGAAAUCGGGCCUCGCUUCCUGGUCUUACGCGUGCGCGUUGACGGGGCUGACCCCGGAAGACCAGACGCCUGCGCGGUGGGAGCUACGGUGACAGAAUCCCAGGCCCGUCAUGGCGGAGCCUUGGUCAGGACAGGAAUUGCAGGCUCUGCCCGCCACGGUGCUGGGUAUGCUAGGUUCCCUGGGCAGCGAGUUCCUCAAGGAGUGGGAGGCGCAGGACAUGCGCGUGACCCUCUUCAAGCUGCUGCUCCUGUGGUUGGUGUUAAGUCUCCUGGGCAUCCAGCUGGCGUGGGGUUUCUACGGGCACACCGUGACCGGGUUAUAUCACCGCCCAGGUCUGGGCGGCCAAAAUGGAUCCACACCAGACGGCUCUACUUACUUCCCUACUUGGGAGAUUGCAACAAAUGAACCUGUCAAAACUCACAGAGAAUAAGGGAAGACAGCAGCAGAAGGGUCUCCAGAAUCAUCACAGGGGUCUGCUGGCUCCUAGAUCCUGGGGGACGACUACAGAGGGGCUCAGGGUUGGGGGCAGAAAGUAACUCAGUGCUUGCAGGGCAAGCCUCAGUUGCCUAUAGCCUUGCUUUCAACAGCCCACUAUGUAUUGGGCAAGUGAAGAGUUUGCCUCUCCCCUGGUCUCAGUGCCUUAAGGAGAGAUGACAUGUCCUCUCAGGGGUUAGAGCUUAAGAGAAGCCUUUCAGUUGGGGAAGCUACUAGUCCCUGUUCUGUCUUGGCUUUCUUUUUUCCCCCUUGUCCUUUUCAUUCCUCUGGGGAUAUGACCCUAUAGGGAUUUGUCCUUCUCAGAGGAAGCCUGAAGUUGACCAGUGGUUUGUAAGGGAAGUCUGUUCUCCUGUAGGCCCUGAAUUUCCAUGGUUUUGCUUUGUUGACAGGGGAGCCAGGUAAUUCUAGCCUGAGCCAAGCCUUCUACUGUUUGGUUACUUAGCUGACCAGGUGUAAGGCAAAAGUGCCUUUAUUGGCACUAUCCAGAGGGAGGCACCAAACAUCCACCUCUUGGGUCCAACUAGAGCUCCAGGGAUGAGCCAGGGAAAGGAUCUUUCCCGACUAAUCUUACACUUCUAUUCUUCUUGUGGGAGAGAUUGGUGCCUGAAAGAAGUGAGCCUUCCAGUCUCCUAUCUUAGGUGCCAGAUCUUGGGGUCUCUACCCAUUCCUGGGGAGAUAUUAAGCUGUUAGUGCAGAGUAAUUCCAUUAUGCCCUACAGCCUCCUCAGUUCCUAUCUCACCCUUAAGAGCCCGCUAGCAACCUUUUAGGCCCUCAAAAGAGUCAAAAGACCCAAGCAGACCUUCACCUGGUCUAGACUCCCUUCAGCCAGUGGGUUAGAGGAGGUUCCAAAGGGGGAGGAGACAAAUGCCCCCAGAGAAAUACUACUUCCUGUAGUCCCGAAGGCAUGAUGUGUCCCUGCACCUGCCGCCUUCCCUAAUAGUGGUAUUCUCUGCCUAUCUCUGCUGGACCACCAGCUACCUCACUGUCCCACUUGCCUGCUUGUCCUCUACACACCCAUCCGACAGCCUCUGACUAGGCAGACUUCAUGGCAGGUGCACUGGAAGUGAGACCAUACUGGACUCCUCAUGUGCACAUACCUACUCCAGAGACAUCUCUGGGCUAGGAAGAAGGUCCUCUUCAUAGCCUCAGGCCCAUCCACCAAUGCCACCACACAGAAUCAGGGUCUGACAUUGCAUCCCCAGGCUCAACUUGAAGAUGUGGCUUAUUAAACACAGAAAUGCA